UGGACAACCAGAAACCAUCGAAGCCAUUACUAUGAACACAACUUGUAUAAAGCUUCAAUUCAAGAAACCCAAAGAACCAGUAGGCGGAAAAAUAAGAACAUUUGUUAUAUCAUAUAGACCAGUAGACAGCCCUUCACAAGAACCAAUUGUUAUAAACAUAACAACGACGGUUAAAGACUCUUAUGAUCAUGACAUUUGUGGUCUUUCAGCUGGCACAGUGUACACUUUUAAUGUUUCGUUCACGACUAUAGCUACUGGRCCAAGCGUGAAUAUUGAAGGAAAAACACAAGGACCAGUGCCUACGGGUGCUCCAAAGGUUGUAUCUCAUAAUGGAACAUUGCCCUACGAUAGCUCUACCACAUGCAAAAUUACGUGGGACAUGUUGUCAGCGGCCGAAAGUCAAGGAAAUCUUACGUCAUUUCGCAUUACAUACAAUAAACUAGACAGCAGUGAGAUCAUGUAUUGUGAAAUCGGAAUCUGUAAUACAACCAAGAUACUUACCGAACUAGACCAUAACAGCAUCUACUCAGUAACUGUUUCAGCUACAAACAGUCAGGGUAUAGGACCAUCUAGCAAACCAGUGUUGUGCUAUACAGAAUCUCUCGCGCCAGCUGGUCCACCACAAAACUUGUCGGCAAUUUGUAAAACAUCAACGUCAAUUGUUGUCAAAUGGGCGGCGGUGGAUAAAAGGUUACGAAAUGGUGCGAUACUUGGUCAUAAUAUUACAUACCUAAAACAUGGUGAUCCCCCGUCUAAUUCAAAACAUAUCACUGUUUAUGGAGAGUCUACUCUUCAGGCUGAAAUCACUCAAUUGGAGAAGUACACAGAAUAUAACUUAUCCAUUAACGCAUUUACAAGUAAAGGGGCAGGAAAUUACAGCACCUAUGCAAACAUAUCGGCCUUUACUUGCGAAGAUGUUCCUGAUGGUCCUCCCUCAGACCUGAAAGUACUAGAACAGUCCAAUAUUAGUUGUACGAUAUCAUGGUCUGCUAUUAACGCGACUAUGGCUAAUGGUAUUAUCAAGGGUUAUGAAGUUACAGGAAACGACACAAACAAUACUGAUUCUAACACCAAUUGUGUUGGAACUAUCUUGACAUGCGGUCUGAAUGCGACCUUUAAAGAACUUAAACCUUUUCGAAUGCAUCACUUCAAAGCUAGUGGAUUUAAUUCUAAAGGAUCUAGUAUUUAUAGUGAAAUAUUGGAGUGUAUGACGCAAGAAGGAGCUCCUUUGGUUGCACCGCCGAACCUAAGAUGUACACCUAAAACAUCCCGUAGCAUGGAGGUCUGUUGGGAUGACAUGCCAAUGCUUCAGAAACAAGGUAUUAUUAGGGAAUAUAUUUUAGAGUACCUUCUCCUUAAUAACUCGGCCAGUGGUCAGCCAACUCCAGAACAAACAACGUCUUCAAAUCUUUGCGUUGAAGUAAACAACUUGCAAGAAUACAGCAUGUAUUCGGUGAAAGCGAAAGCUGUCACUGUCUUGGAAGGGAA